AUGGCAUCCGAAAAGCCGGAGGACAUUCACCGGACCGAGAAAGAGGCUCCCGAAAUCACUUCGGAUCCUGAAGCCGGCCAUGACAACGCCAUCGUCGGCAAGCCGUGGAUGUACAAGUCGCUUCAAAUCGGCCCUUGGAAAUUACCCUAUUUCGCCUCACCUGAGUUCCAACUGGUUUUGGUCUCCUUUGUUUGUUUCCUUUGCCCCGGUAUGUUCAAUGCCGUCAGUGGUCUUGGUGGUGGUGGACAAGUCAAGCAGACCGAUGUCAGCAACGCCAACACCGCCCUGUACAGCACCUUCGCCGUCGUAGGCUUCUUCGCUGGUUCGAUCGCCAACCGUAUCGGGCUUCAGCUGACCAUCUCGUUUGGCGGUUUCGGUUAUUUCCUCUACGUGGCGGCGCUUCUCUCCUACAACCACAAUGAAAACGCCGGUUUUCUCAUCUUCGCUGGUGCACUGCUGGGUGUCUGCGCCGGCCUUCUCUGGUGUGCGCAGGGUGCUGUGAUGAUGAGUUAUCCUCUCGAACACGAGAAGGGCAAAUUCAUUGCCAUCUUCUGGGUCAUCUUCAACCUGGGCGGCGUGAUUGGCAGCUUGAUCCCCUUGGGCCAGAACUUGCACUCCACCGUUGGCAAAGUCAAUGACGGCACCUACAUUGCCUUCAUGGUUCUGAUGGCGGCGGGCUUCAUCCUGGCCUGGUCCCUGUCGGAUUCCAAGUACAUCGUCCGUAAGAACGGCACCCGGGUCAUUGUGAUGAAGAACCCGACCUGGAAGUCGGAGUUUCUGGGUCUCUAUGAGACCCUGCGCAGCGAUUACUAUAUCGUGCUAUUUUUCCCCAUGUUUUUGGCGAGCAACUGGUUCUACGGGUAUCAUUUCAACAGUGUCAAUGGUGCUUACUUCAAUAUUCGCACCCGAUCCCUUAACAGUCUGCUUUACUGGUUGAGUCAGAUGAUUGGUGCCUUCGUGUUCGGCCAUACUUUGGAUCUGAAGUUCUUCUCCCGGUCUAUGCGGGCCAAAUUGAACUGGGCUCUCCUUUUGAUCAUCACCAUGGCUACGUGGGGUGGUGGAUAUGCUUUCCAGAAGGGCUACACCCGUGAGACUGCCAAGCAAGACGUGGAUUGGACGACAUCUGGCUAUGUUGGUCCGAUGUUCCUCUACAUGUUCUAUGGUUUCUACGACGCUGCUUUUCAGACGUGCGCUUAUUGGUUCAUGGGAUCUCUUACCAAUAAUGGUCGGAAAUUGGCCAAUUUCGCUGGUUUCUACAAAGGAAUCCAGUCCGCUGGCGCUGCUGGAAUGUGGCGCUUGGAUGCGGAGAAUACCCCAUUCAUGACGGAAUUUGCUUCGUGCUGGGGACUGCUCGUCGGCAGUCUCCUGAUUGCAGCUCCCAUCAUCUUCUUCAAGGUCAAGGAUCAUAUCGAUAUGGAAGAAGAUCUGAAGUUCUCGGACGAGACUGCUCAAGAUGUCAAAGGCAUCCCCAUCGAAGACCGCGCAUCAUCUUCCAAGGAAGACCUUAGCGAGAAGCGCGCGUCUGUCGCGUAA